UUUUUUUUCCCCGUCUCUUCCGCCUCAGCAGACGAGGAUUGUCCGUCUCGUGCCGCCGUACUCCUGGCCUCUCCCACUUUUGCCCUCGACCGUGGCAGAGCAGCAGAAGCAGCGCGUGGUCAGAGUGCGCGCGUGUCUGCCUGUCAGGGGGGCCGGCUAAGGAAGCCGGGAAGGGAACAACCACUGGUGCCGCGCGGGCCGACAGGCGCGUGCCCACCCGCCCCUCCCCCUCCUUCCUUCUCCAUUCUCCUCAACCGCUCACCUCCGUCCGGCCGCCGCCGCCUCAGCCAUGUUGGCCGCCGCUCGUUUCCUCCGCUCCCGCUGCGCCGCCCUUUCCCUCCGCGGCCCGGCCCCGAGGGCGUCCGUCGCAGCGGCAUUGCCUGUACGUUGCUAUUCUCAUGGAUCCCGUGAGUCGGAUGAAGAGUUUGAUGCCCGCUGGGUGACAUACUUCAAUAAACCAGAUAUUGAUGCCUGGGAGCUAAGAAAAGGCAUGAACACCCUGGUUGGUUAUGACCUGGUUCCAGAACCAAAAAUCAUUGAUGCUGCUUUGAGGGCAUGCAGACGACUAAAUGACUUUGCUAGUGCGGUCCGUAUCUUAGAAGCUGUAAAGGACAAAGCAGGGCCCCACAAAGAAAUCUACCCAUAUGUUAUCCAGGAACUUAGACCAACUUUGAAUGAAUUGGGAAUCUCAACUCCAGAAGAACUUGGCCUAGAUAAAGCGUAAACGUUUCAGAUGAGCUUCCCACGGGUUUAUUGUUCAUGCUACCUGAUUGUACAACAAUUACCUGGAGACAGAUGUUAUAAUAUUACUUAUUGAAAUAACUUCUUCCUGUUGUUGAGUCCUGGAACACAUACGGUGAUGUUGGGCCUAAUAAAGGGAAAACCUGGUUUGAACUGA